AUGUCAACCCACAAGAGGAAGAUUAUUUUGAGCAACGUGACAGUGAAAUUAGGCUGCAGCAGCAGUUGCAGGUGCCCUAAACUUUCCAGCAUUUUCCACCCUAAGCCCCGCCGCCACAACUCCGCCGCCUUCCACCACCAUAAAACGACCAAGCACCACCACAACCCCGCCUACAAUUACUCCUCCUCUAGUUCUUCUAACGCUACUACUACCACCACUUUCUCUCCGGCCUACUACUCCUCCGACACCGAGAGGGCCGUUCAAGGCUUCGGCAGAAUAGGCGGCAAGAGUGUCGCCGUCGAGAAAGAUUCCGACGACCCUUACGUUGACUUUCGGCAGUCAAUGCUUCAAAUGAUUCUUGAAAAGGAGAUAUACUCUAAAGACGAACAAAGGGAGCUUCUUAACUGUUUUUUAGAGCUUAAUUCUCCUUACUACCAUGGCGUCAUUGUUAGAGCUUUUACUGAGAUCUGGCAUUGUGUUUUCUCCUUAAAGCCUGGAGUCGUCGGAGCUGAGUCGCCGUUCUUGCAUGGCAGCGGUGGAGGAGGGUGGUGCUCACGUGAUUUUUAG